AUGUGUUUUGGGAAUACCAAGAUAGAUCAUACUCAUUUGAAAUGUUUAAUAAGUAUCCCAAAUAACUCUGGAUGUUCAGUUGCAGGACCAGCACUGCCUCCAGGCUAUAAAAGCAGCUGCAGCUCAGAAACUCCUGACAGCGAUGAUGACUCGGAAUCUCUUCCUCUACGCGGAGACGCAAACAGAGAUUCCGAAGAGGAGACAGAAGGAGAUCCAGCACCCAAAAAGCUGAAAAGAAUUCAGGAAGAUGAUGAUGAUGAUGAUGAUGGCUUUUUUGGGCCUGCUCUUCCUCCUGGAUUUAAAAAACAGGAUGAUUCUCCAGAGAGGCCCAUUAUAGGUCCUGCAUUACCGCCUGGCUUUAGGAAACCUUCGCAGGACACCAUGAAUAGCAGAUGUUCCAUAGGACCACCUGUUUCAUCAGAAUUCCGUACCCAGGUAGCAGAUAGUAGUGAGGAAGAAGACAAUCUUAUAGGCCCAAUGCCUGCAAAAGGACCAGUGGAGUCUGAUGUGACUAAAGAAUUUGAACGCAGAGCUCAGAGAAUGAAGGAAAAACUUACUUCAGCAGACAGCGAUGAACCCAAGCAAGUUACCAGGGAAUCGUGGAUGACAGAGCUUCCACCUGAAUUGAAAAGCUUUGGAUUUGGCCCAAGAACAUUCAAGAGAAGAGCUGAUGACAAAUCGGGUGAUAGAUCUAUUUGGACAGACACUCCAGCUGACAGAGAGAGAAAAGCCAAGGAAAGAGAAGAGGCAAAAAAGUCAACCAGUAAGGAUAACGAAGAAAUUGUGUUAUCUGGGAGAGACAAGAGACUUGUUGAGCAGGUGACUUCAUACAAUGAGUCAAAGAGGUCAGAAUCUCUCAUGGACAUACAUCAGAAAAAGCUAAAGAGCAAAGCGUCCGAAGAAAAAAGCAAACCUCAAGAAAGAAGGCCAUUUGACCGCGACCAGGAUCUCAAAGUCAAUCGAUUUGACGAAGCACAAAAGAAAGCUCUUAUAAGAAAAUCCAGAGAUCUGAAUACUAAAUUUGAGCACAGUAAAGGCAAUAUGUUUUUAUAACAUAAAAGCAUGAAGCUUUUUUGAAGUGAAGUCAAUUAAACUUUGAAUACUUAAUUUUUUAAGUAUUUUUCUGUAAAUAUUUGUAUGCAAAAUAAAUAUCCUGAUGUUUAACUA